AUGCGCCUUCUUGUUCUCUGCCUGUCCAUCUUUGUCUCAAUCGGAGCGGCCGGGGCUGCGACGCUUCCCAAAGAGGAUGCCACACUUGACCAGAGUUGCCGCCCGUCUCCCUCUUUACAUCGCUGGCAAAACCCUCACGAGCACAUCAGAGCACAACCAGCUUUGGCAAAGCGCGCAGACAGCCAAGAUAAUUGGCUCAAUGAGGCCUUCGAAAUGCCUAGCCCGACCCAACACUGGCUCAACAGGGUCUCGGAAGCGCCCAUCGCGAGCCCAGAGAAAACUCUUUAUCUCGACGAAGAACGUUUUCAGGAUCCUUGGCGUGGCUGGACGGCUGCCCCAGAUGCACCCGUCCAGGACGGGCGAAAAGGACAUACUGAUAGCGCCCACGACGCAGGUGCGGAAAUGCACCACCCGAACUUGAAUAAUCCGGCUGGGUUCCAUCCCACGCCCUACUCUACGUACGAAUACUCCCGGUCAACUACGAACACGAUGCCGCCUCAGCACAUUGAGCAGAGUAAUCAUCAGAGCUGGAACUACCCCAAUUCUCAGGCGUCAUCCCACCAGCCAUCUAUGCCUCAACAGCAACCGUCCAGCGCAUCCAGGCCUCACCAUGAUGAGCAUUUGACUGAUUGGAAUGAAGUCAUGGCUAUGUAUGAAGACCUUAUGCACAGCGGUGACCUCACCCAAGAAGAUUCCGCCCGAUUUAUGACUCAGUGCUAUCCGUCCGGAGCCAGCCAUUCUGGUGAAGAACGGCAUGACGGCGCAUCCAGCAGCCCCAAAUCAGCCGCCGAAGGGGAAACGAUAUCGGUAGAGGAGGCUAAAGGCAAGAAAGGACCCUACAAUGUGAACAAGACUCCGCUCCUGACGAAAGAAGAGCUGCGCUGCGCCCUCAAAGUCUCCAUCGAAAAACCCCGGCUAAAGCCUAAAAAGCACUUGCACUCCCGGAGAGAGCAGCGUUUGAUGGCCGACAAGACUCGCAAGGAGUUUGAAAGACUCCUUAUGCAGAGAAACAACCAGCAGAUAAAAGAAAGAAAUGCUUCACAACGAAUGGCGUCGGGGAUGGCUGAAAAGAAGAAGGCCGCUACUGGCACGGACGACCAAGAACGUAAACGUCUGUUCAAGAAACUCAGAGCUAUCCAAACAGGGUCUCAAAAGGGGUCUUCGUGGGACAUUGGCGACACCAAUCUGGCAAAACAAGUUUCGAAAACCACUGACGACAGGGGCAAGAAGCUCAUGGUCAGAUAUGAAAACGUAUUCCCACUCAUCGAAGAGCAUUGGAGGAAAGACAGGAAAAUAUUGGGAAAGCUAGACAAGAAUCCUCUUGGAAUGAGCGCCGAAACGUACGUGGAAAACCUUGAAGGGAAGCUGGAAAAGGAAGAAAAGACAAAAAAGGACUCCCCCUUAACUACCAACGCGAUGCCGCCUCAGCACAACGAGCAGCGUAACCAUCAGAGCUUGAACUCCCUCAAUUCUCAGAAGUCAUCCCACCAGCCAUCUAUGCCUCAACAUCAACCGUCCAGCGCAUCCAGAAGUCGCCACGAUGAGCAUUCGACUGGUUGGAAGGAAGUUAUGCCCAUGUAUGAAGGCCUUAUGCGCAGCGGUGACCUCACUCAAGAAGAUUUCGACCGAUUUAUGACUCAGUGCUAUCCGUCCAGAGCCAGCCAUUCUGGUGAAGAACGGCAUGACGGCGCAUCCAGCAGCCCCAAAUCAGCCGCCGAAGGGGAAACGAUAUCGGUAGAGGAGGCUAAAGGCAAGCAAAUAACCUAUGACCCGAAGAAAAUCCCGCUCCUGACAAAAGAAGAUCUAUGUUGCGCCCUUGAUUUUUACAUCAAGAAGUCCAAACUACAGCCAGGCAAGCGUUUGCACUCCCAGAACGAGCCUUUGAACGACAAACUUAACGCUAUCGAAAGAGGGUCUCAAAUGGGGUCUUCGUGGGACAUCGACGACACCAACUUGAUAAAAGAAAUCUCGGAGGUCACAGGCAGGAAAGGCGAGAGGCUCAUGGGCAAAUAUGAAAGGCUUUUACCAACCAUCAUGGAUUACUGGAGGAGAGAUAGGAGAAUAUUGGUGAAGCUAGACGAAAACCCUCUCGAAAUGGACGCCCAAAGCCUGAACUAUUUUCUCUUUUCGGACGUUUCAAAAGAGAGAUUUGCCACCAACCUGCUCGCCGUUCAAUCUCAACUCUUGUUUGAGAGAAAGGUACAAGACCAGUUCUCCAGAAGCGCCCAGACGGCUCCUGGUUUUGCGCGAGGGGCAUUUAUUGUGAUCAAAGAAAGCAGACUUGGCAAAGAGAAGUCGUGGGCCUGCCUGGCUACUUGCAAGCGUUCGAGCGAAGAGGAGGAGGCCUGA